CCUGACUUGUUUCGUCCUCUUCGCAUUUCGUUACGAUAUUUGCUCUCGAACAAUACGCCAUAUUCGGACCGUUUGUCUUCGCUGAUCUAUUCUUUCAACUGCACCAUGCGCUCCUCUGUCAUUGCCGCUAUCGUGCUCGCUGCUGCUUCUCCCGCGCUCGCGCUUCCCAUGGACCACUUCGAUAUUCUCGCGCGUGCAUUGCAGUCCGGGAACAAGUUGCUGCGCCCAUCUCCCGUAUGGGAGGACGCUCCGCUUGAGACUAGUCACCUCAAGCGUACCACCGCCCGCAGUCUCCCCUGGUUCGACAAACACCAGACCAUAGGCCUUGUCAAGACCGUGCCGAAGCCUGUGCGGCGUUCUGUCAAGUUCUCGCUCCUGCGCAGGUCCGGGCUUGACGACAUUGUCUUCCCUGCCCGAUCGACAUUGGACCAGCUUGAUUGAUCACUGAGCAGUUCGAUAUCUUGUGACGUAUUUACGACCUAAUGACGAAAUGCAAACAAUUUUGAGGAGCUCAAA